CCUUGAUUACAAAACAUUAUCAUUUUUAAGACAUGUAAAUGCCCCAGAGGAAUAUAUUCCAUCGCUGGUUUCUUCCUUAGUUGUUCUUCUUUUCUUCCUUUUAUCUACCAUGGCUUCCUUGCUAGACAAAGCUUUUCGCUUUGACAUCUCUUCCUUUAUAUAUCGCUUUUUCAUUUAUCAUCAAGAUCAUCAUCACCAUCGUCAUCACAGCAAAGACGUUCACAGAAACUUCAACAUGCCAAAGAAGGGUCGUCCACUUUCCUUACAGACAGUUGAGCUGAAAGUAAGGAUGUGCUGCACUGGCUGCGAGAGAGUUGUUAAAAACGCCAUUUACAAGCUCAAAGGGAUUGAUUCAGUGGAGGUUGAGUUGGAGAUGGAAAGGGUAACGGUUGGUGGAUAUGUUGAUCGGAACAAGGUGCUGAAGGCUGUGAGGAGGGCUGGGAAGAGGGCAGAAUUCUGGCCAUACCCUAACCCACCGCUUUACUUCACCACUGCUGAUCAUUACUUCAAAGACACCACCCAUGACUUCAAAGAAACCUAUAACUACUACAGACAUGGCUAUAACCUCCCAGAAAAACACGGCACCGUUCAUGUCUCUCACCGUGGAGACGACAACGUUAGCAACAUGUUCAACGAUGACAAUGUCAAUGCUUGUUCUGUCAUGUAAUCAUCAUCUUAUUAUAUAUAUAUAAUUAAGUCUCUGCUACUACCUAAUACCUAUACCUAAUCGCCACAACACUUCAUGUAAAUUUCCACAGACUGUUAUGUAUAUAUAAUAUACUAUCAUAUGUAUGCGUCAAA